CCGUGUUCCCCACCCAAACUGAUUAGAUCUUGGAUCUAAUGAACCCCACCACGGAUCGACCCGAUCAAUCCUCAACGACCAACCUCCGCAGAUCCGUUUGGGAAAGGCCGCCCGUCCCAACGUUGCCUCCCCCACAACCACGAUCUACACGGAAAAGCUCAGCUUCAUUGCUACAUCUCUCGACGAACCAACUCUCGGCCGGAUCAAGAUCCGUUGUGAUAAAGCCGCUCAUAAUUGCGGUGAAUUACGCAACAAUCUGGCAUGGGGUUGCCAGUAAAGAUCAAACAGCGGUACUACUACUACGGCCGCCGAGAGAGGUACGAGCACGAUCUUUUGUUGCUCGAGUUAACAUGGCAUGUUGCCACGGAACCUUCUCUGCAUCGCGGCAUCGUCCCGGUGCGUGAAUGGCUGCUAGUAGAUGGAUGCGAGGUCUAUGUUGUGUACAGGCGCCACCACAUGCAUGCAUAACGGAGAGGUGCACGGUCGGUUGCUACUUGCUAGAGAGAGAUAGAGAGAGAGAGAGAGAGAGAGGUCAGCUGUGCUUGUUGCAGAGAAGAGGGCCUGCCACCAUUAAAGAAAGGGAGGAAGGAGGAGGUGGCCUAGUCGUGGCCCCCCUCGGCGCGGCGGCCACGAUCCAACAGGGCAACAGAACCGAGUCGUUUUCUCCCUCCAACCUCCACAGGAUCUGCGGCCAAAAUUCUAUUCUUUCUCCUUUCUAAGGCGAUGCAGCAACUGCAACAGCUCGCCAGCAGUGCUCCGGUCGUGCGCUUCUCCGCUCGAUCCUGUUCCUAGCUGCUGCCCUGCCCUGCGCGCGACAAUGCCGGCGUCGCCGUCCUCCCGGUCACCGGAGAUCACGAGCGUCUGCUCCGACACCGAGCACGAGGAGCCGUCGCCUGUGAUCAUCGGCGGCGGCGGCGGCGCCGGCGGGUUGGUGGUGCAGCUGGUGUCGAGGGACGUCUCGGACGGGCUCCUCGGCAAGUUCGCGGACACGAGCGAGUUCGACUUCGACUACGGGAGGAGCGGGCUCUGGUCGCCGCUGGUGCUGCGGCCCGAGGUCCUGCUCCUCGCGCACUCGUCCUCCUCGGCUGCCCGGCGCCGGCAGCGGCGGUGGCGGUGGCGGAAGCGGAAGAAGAUGCUCUGCCGCUGCUUCUGAGUUCUGACUUGACAUUCGCUUUGGAUGCUUCGUCCGAGAAGCAACUGUUUCGUUCCUCAUGGUUUGCUCUGCUGCAGACUGCUGUACAUCCGCAUGUAGUAUACGACGAUGCUGAUCAAAAUCAAAGACAACCAACCAGUAGCAACAUGGCAUGUAAGUACGUGGUCACAGUACAGCACGCUGCUUCGUGGUUGGUGGUGAUCCUGGGAAGCACCCCGGGUGCUCUGCAAUUGCUAUACAAGAUUUUUUUUAUCUGAUGAUUGUGCUGUUCGUGUGGCUGGUAAAUGGCAAUGAUCCAUGCCAUGUUUGUUCAUGUGCUGUGUCUACUCAUCCGACGACAAAUCCAUGGGCCAUGGCCGUGUUGUGGCUUGUACAGUUGUACUGGUGGAGGAAAGUGAGGCGGACUUUUUAUCAUGCGCAGCGCGCAAACAAAGUUUCACCUUUGAAUGAGUAUUGCCUUUGAAUAGAACCGACAGGAAUAUUGCAUA